UACAGUUACAUUCUAUAUACUGGCAAACCUGGAGUCACUCUGUCUGUUACAGGUCUUCAGGUGAAGGUGACUGGUGGACAUCAGGAUAAGACACUGACCUGUAUCACCACCUGUACUCUGACUGACAACCCCACCUACAUCUGGUACAAGAACGGACAUAAAGUAAAGGAGGACACUUCCAGACUGUACUCAGACUCCUUUAGUGAUGCAGACAGUUACUCCUGUGCUGUAAAAGGCCAUGAGGAUCUCCUCUCUCCUGCAGAGUGUCAGAAGUGUUGGAGUGUGACUUACACCCAUCAGAGUAUCUGUGCCUUGAAGGGGUCAACAGUGGACAUAUCCUGCUCUUACACAUAUCCCAGUAAUCAUGAGAUCAAACAAGCUUUCUGGUUUACUAAAUGGUCUGGUAUGGAGGCUGAAGAUCUGAGCUCAGCACCAGGGUAUGAGGGUCAUAUAGAGUACCUUGGGGAUAAGAAGAGUGACUGUACCCUGAGAAUCACAGACCUGAGAUUGAGUGACUCUGCUCGGUACAGAUUCAGAUUGAUAACAUCCGGAGAUCAGUUUUCUGGCUCACCUGUCUCCCUGACUGUCACAGAUCUUCAGGUAAAGAUGACAACUUCACUGUUUUCAAGAUGGGUGACCCUGAACUGUGGCACGUGUACUCUGACUGACAACCCCACCUACAUCUGGUACAAGAACGGACACAAAGUAAAGGAGGACACCUCCAGCCAGGACUCAGACUACCAUAACACUGAAGACAGCUUCUCCUGUGCUGUAAAAGGCCAUGAGAAUCUCCACUCUCCUGCAGUGUGUGUCCGUGGUCAGAAGUGUUGGAGUGUGACCUACCCCCAUCAGGGAGUCUGUGCCUUGAAGGGGUCAUCAGUGGAUAUAUCCUCCACGUAUGACAGUGGUUAUGAUACGAUCACAUCAACACUCUGGUUUAGUUCUAAACAAAGUUCCAGCUGGAGGGAUGAGUUGAUCCCUGAGGACCUAACCACAGACCCAGGGUAUGCAGGUCGUGUGGAGUAUGUUGGAGAGAAGGAGAGAGGUCACUCCACCCUGAGAAUCACAGAUCUGAGAGAGGAGGACUCUGCUGAGUACAAGUUCAUCUUCAACACACAGACAUCAAGAUGGGGACACAGUUUCCCUGGAACAACUCUGACUGUCACAGGUCUUCAGGUGCGGAUUAAGGAUCCAACCAACAUCACAGAGGGAAAGGGGCUUUGUCUGUUCUGUGAGUCCAUAUGCUUUCUGCAGGACAACCCCUCUUACAUCUGGUACAAGAACGGACAUCGUCUGUUCAGACACAAGACUAAGUACCUGAUCCUAGACCCAGUCAGCAGUGAGGAUGCCGGCAGAUACUCCUGUGCUGUAAACGGCCAGGAGGAUCUCCCCUCUGCUGAAGAGACUCUCACUGUCAGAUAUGGCCAAAGCAACACCUCAGUGUCAGUCAGUCCCUCUGGUGAAAUAGUGGAGGGCAGUUCAGUGACUCUGACCUGCAGCAGUGAUGCCAACCCACCUGUGGACAAAUACACCUGGUACAAGGUAAUAUACAAGAAAAUGUCAAUGAGACAUUCUGGACAGAGAUACACCAUCCAUAACAUCAGCUCUGAGGGCAGAGGAGAAUAUUACUGUGAGGCUGAGAAUGAAGUUGGAGCCAAAAUAUCAAAGCUUGUUCCUGUAAAUGUUUUGUAUAAACCAAAGAACACCUCAGUGUCAGUCAGUCCCUCUGGUGAAAUAGUGGAGGGCAGUUCAGUGACUCUGACCUGCAGCAGUGAUGCCAACCCACCUGUGGACAAAUACACCUGGUACAAGAAGAACGUAACCUCACCAAAAGCAUCAGGACAGAGUUACAGCAUCCAUAAGGUCAGCUCUGAGGACAGAGAGGGAUACUACUGUGAGGCUCUGAACAUUAUAGGGAGAGAGACUAUCCCUGUCCAUAUUAAUGUUAUAUCAGUGUUUUCCUGGGUUCCUGUGGUGGGGGUGGGGGCUGUCCUGACUGCUGGAGCUCUUCUUGUCACCAUCUACUUCUACAUGAAGAGGAGACACACAGGAGGAAGUGAUGACACAGCAGACAGACAGAGUGUCCAUCCUGAUCCUAACAGUGACAUGUACACAGCUCUGAACAUGAAGACCAGGUCACCAGAGUAUGACACCCUGGCAAAUGUGAGGGACUCCCCAGUGACACAGCCCUCAAAUAGACACUUGGCCCUCCGAUUAUGA